GGGGUCCCUGCCCACCCCGGGCAGAGGAAAGGAUCAGUGCGGUGCUGCGUGGUGCAGCGGGCUGGAGAGGAGCAGGACGGCUGGGUGUGAAUGGGAGCAGGAGCCGGAGGCAUUUGAGGAUUAUUCAGCUCCAGAAGGUCUGUGUGAGGAGUGCUAUUCUCUGCCGUGGCUGAAAAUAGGAGGUACCUACUCCUACCUGGCUUGAUUAUUGCCAUCAAAAGGAUCAGUUUGCCACCACUGUGGGAAGAAGCAUUUGCUGCCACGGACAAGGUUAUGAGGAUUAUGACCACAUGUGCAGCUCUGCAUAGGUAUCCACGCGGAGAUGAUGGUGACUCCUUAGAGAAUACAAGCAAACUCCUAACUAAGCAUCAGCAUAGUGGGUUUUUUAUCCAAAAGAUUUGAUAACUGCUUUUCACCAGCUCUCCAACUUUGUUCCAUCAUGCUGUCUCUACCAGCCUAAACCAUUUCCUAAAAUGGUCCUUUUGCUGUUCCUUGCAAUCUUGCUGUUGAAGGAAGAUGUCUGUGGGAACUUUGGGCUUUUGGUUUCAGCACAGGCAAAUGAAAGAAGGGUGGUUGCACACAUGCCUGGUGAUAUUAUCAUUGGAGCUCUAUUCUCUGUCCAUCAUCAGCCAACUGUUGACAAGGUUCACGAGAGGAAAUGUGGAGAGGUAAGAGAGCAGUAUGGCAUUCAAAGAGUGGAGGCAAUGUUACAUACCCUUGACAGAAUUAAUUUGGACCCCACACUGUUGCCAAAUAUAACUCUAGGAUGUGAAAUAAGGGACUCCUGCUGGCAUUCUGCUGUGGCUCUGGAGCAGAGCAUUGAGUUUAUAAGAGACUCUCUUAUUUCAUCAGAAGAGGAGGAAGGGAUGGUGCGAUGUGUGGAUGGAACAUCAUCGUCUUUCCACUCCAAGAAACCCAUUGUUGGUGUCAUUGGACCUGGCUCUAGCUCUGUUGCUAUCCAGGUCCAGAACUUGUUGCAGCUUUUCAAUAUACCUCAGAUUGCUUAUUCUGCCACAAGUAUGGACCUAAGCGAUAAAACUCUGUUCAAGUAUUUUAUGAGAGUUGUGCCAUCUGAUGCACAGCAAGCAAAGGCUAUGGUGGACAUUGUCAAACGCUAUAACUGGACCUAUGUUUCUGCUGUACAUACUGAAGGAAACUAUGGCGAAAGUGGAAUGGAAGCUUUCAAAGAUAUGGCAGCCAAGGAAGGGAUCUGCAUUGCACAUUCCUACAAGAUCUAUAGCAAUGCUGGCGAACAGAGCUUUGACAAGCUGCUGCGAAAGCUUCGGAGCCACCUGCCCAAGGCAAGAGUGGUUGCUUGCUUCUGUGAAGGCAUGACUGUGAGAGGUCUCUUAAUGGCUAUGAGACGCCUGGGACUUGCUGGAGAAUUUUUGCUGCUGGGCAGUGAUGGCUGGGCAGACAGGUAUGAUGUGACAGAAGGGUACCAGAAUGAAGCAGUUGGUGGGAUAACGAUCAAACUCCAGUCUCCAGACGUGAAAUGGUUUGAUGAUUACUACCUACAGCUUCGGCCAGAAACCAACCAUAGAAAUCCAUGGUUUCAGGAAUUUUGGCAGCACAGGUUCCAGUGCCGGUUGGAAGGGUUUCCUCAAGAGAACCCUAAAUAUAACAAGACUUGCACAAGCGAGAUGACUCUGAGAACACAGCACGUUCAGGACUCCAAGAUGGGCUUUGUAAUCAAUGCAAUAUACUCGAUGGCAUAUGGGCUCCACAACAUGCAGUUGUCUCUGUGCCCAGGCUAUGUGGGCCUCUGCGAUGCCAUGAAGCCCAUAGAUGGUCGGAAGCUCCUGGAAUCCCUCAUGAAGACUAACUUUACUGGGGUCUCUGGGGACAUGAUCUUGUUUGAUGAGAAUGGUGACUCUCCAGGAAGAUAUGAAAUCAUGAAUUUUAAACAAAUGGGGAAGGAUUACUUUGAUUACAUCAAUGUUGGCAGCUGGGACAAUGGUGAGCUGAAAAUGGACGAUGAUGAAAUAUGGGCAGAGAAAAGUAAUAUCAUCAGAUCUGUGUGCAGUGAACCCUGUGAAAAAGGCCAGAUAAAGGUGAUCCGUAAAGGAGAAGUGAGUUGCUGUUGGACCUGCACUCCUUGUAAAGAGAACGAAUAUGUAUCUGAUGAAUACACAUGCAAAGCCUGCCAGCUUGGCUCCUGGCCCAAUGAGGACCUCACAGGUUGUGACCUCAUCCCAGUCCAGUAUCUCAGAUGGGGUGAUCCUGAACCAAUUGCAGCAGUUGUUUUUGCAUGUCUGGGUCUCCUGGCCACCUUGUUUGUUACAGUUAUAUUCAUAAUGUACCGUGAUACUCCAGUGGUCAAAUCAUCCAGUCGAGAACUUUGCUACAUCAUUCUAGCCGGUAUCUGCUUGGGUUACUUGUGCACUUUCUGUCUCAUUGCAAAACCUCAACAGAUUUACUGUUACCUUCAACGAAUUGGCAUCGGCCUCUCGCCAGCUAUGAGUUAUUCUGCUCUGGUAACUAAAACCAACCGCAUUGCAAGAAUCCUGGCUGGAAGCAAGAAGAAAAUUUGUACAAAGAAACCUAGGUUCAUGAGUGCCUGUGCCCAGCUGGUUAUUGCAUUUAUCCUGAUAUGUAUACAAUUAGGCAUCAUUGUUGCUCUCUUUAUAAUGGAACCACCAGAUAUAAUGCAUGAUUACCCAAGCAUCCGAGAGGUCUACCUGAUUUGUAACACCACCAACUUGGGUGUUGUAACUCCCCUUGGAUAUAAUGGAUUAUUAAUUUUGAGCUGCACCUUUUAUGCGUUUAAGACAAGAAAUGUCCCAGCUAACUUCAAUGAAGCAAAAUAUAUUGCCUUCACAAUGUAUACCACCUGCAUCAUUUGGCUGGCUUUUGUGCCAAUAUAUUUUGGAAGCAACUACAAGAUAAUCACCAUGUGCUUCUCAGUGAGUCUGAGUGCCACAGUGGCUCUUGGCUGUAUGUUUGUGCCCAAGGUCUACAUCAUCCUUGCUAAGCCAGAAAGAAACGUGCGCAGUGCGUUCACCACAUCGACUGUAGUCCGCAUGCAUGUAGGGGAUGGAAAGUCAUCUUCAGCUGCAAGCCGCUCAAGCAGCCUGGUGAACCUGUGGAAAAGAAGGGGAUCCUCCGGUGAAACCCUUAGGUACAAAGGCAGGAGACUGGCUCCCCCGCACAAGUCGGAAAUAGAGUGUUUCACCCCAAAAGGGAGUAUGGGGAAUGGUGGGAGAGCUACAAUGACCAGUGAAGAAUCUGUUUGCAUUCCAGACUGUAAUCGAUCUGAGUCAAGUAGAGAGGACAAAAAGGUUCCUGUCAAAGAGGAUGCCCUAACAGUCAAAAAGACUGGAAACUGUGUCAGUCUAAUAGUUCCACAGCAAGACUGUCAGCUGCAAGACCUACUCAAACACUCUAAUGGGAAAUCAGUUUCCUGGGCCCAGAAUGAGAAAAGCAGCCGAGGAGCACACCUUUGGCAGCGGUUGUCAGUCCAUAUCAACAAAAAAGAGAACCCCAACCAAACUGCAGUGAUCAAGCCUUUUUCUAAAAGCACAGAUAGUAGCCGACCCAGUAGCAGCGCUACAUUUCCUGAGGCUAGUGCCAAACCACUUUACGACGUUUCAGAAGCCGAAGAGCAAUACCCAGCUCAGUACCGACCACAGACUCCCUCACCUAUCAGCACUUUGAGCCACAGAACUGCCUCCGUUAGCCGAACAGAAGACGAUGUCCCUACCUUCCAGUCAGAACCUCCUCAGCGAAGUAGCUCCUCUCAAGGCUCCCUCAUGGAGCAGAUCAGUAGUGUGGUUACUCGUUUUACAGCCAAUAUCAGUGAGCUGAACUCUAUGAUGCUUUCAACAGCUACUCCAGGGACAAUGGUGGCUGCUCCUCUCUGCUCUUCAUACCUGAUUCCACGUGAAAUCCAGCUCCCUACAACAAUGACCACGCUUGCAGAGAUCCAACCACUUCCUGCCAUUGAAGUCAAUGGCGCUUCACAGUCUGGUAGGAAACCUUCAAAUGACAGUGUCAAAGAAGGCACUUCAGAGACACCAUCAGCCAAGCAAGACCUGGAGGAGUUGGUAGCUUUAACUCCUCCUUCUCCUUUUAGAGACUCCGUUGAUUCUGGAAGUGCAUCUCCCAGCUCUCCAGUUUCUGAAUCAGCUCUCUGUAUCCCAUCCUCUCCCAAAUAUGACACACUCCUCAUCAGAGAUUAUACUCAAAGUUCUUCUUCGCUGUGAAUGUAGUUCAACACAACAUUGAAUCUCAACAGCUACAAGGAAGUAGUGAGGGAAUAGCCAAGCCUUCAAGACCUCCAGUGUUUACGCAGAUAGAGUGAGAGGCAUUGGGUCAUCUUGUGAGGAACAGAGGGGAAGAAGAAGAAUUAUUUGAGGAGUGGAAACACCAGAUUAAUUAUGCUGAUUUAAAGACAAAAUGACUUGUGGCAGAUUAUCGUGGCCUUAAAAAAACAUGGGCUUUUCAGAAACACUGAAUCUACUUUUGAGGGCUUAUAAGGAGUCUGUUAAUCCAGUUACAUACCAAGUGCUUUGCUUUAGUAUUACAAUGAACUGUGUGUACAAUAUAUGGGGCAGGGUGGGAGGGAAACUAGAUUGUAAACAACUGUACAAUGGUUUGUUUGUUUACUCAGAUUCCUUACCCAGAAGUCAACCUUGAUCUUUUAUCAAGAAUAGAAGACCAAACAUUGAAUGUACAUUUUCUAACAGACUCAAAUCUGGGACCAACCUGUCAAGCUUUCUUUCUUUUUUUUUUCUAUGAAGAUCUCAACAAGUAGUAAUGUAUGUUCAAUAACUAUGAAACUUUUUGCUGAAGAAUAUUGUGUCCGUGAUACCUUACACUUGGAUAACACUAAGCUGAGGCUCUGCAGUGAGUGACUGCAAUAUGGAGGGCUUUACAAGUGACUUCUCUACCUACACAUUUGUUUAUAAAAUUCUCUUCUAUCGGUAUCAAAAAUUCAAUUUGUCAACAUUGGAUUCACCUUCACAACAACAAAACCCAAGGAAGAUUUCCUGACUAUUUCACCAUGUUGCCAACUAAUAAUGAAGUAGCAAAAAAUAUUUUCUGGAGUACUGUUUUGUAAUUCCCUUAUCAGGGCAAGUUGUUGAGAUGAAUAUUCUCUUUCUAGCAGCACUACUGAGCUAUAUUAUAGCUGCACUCCCUACUGAAACUAAUACAUUUUUACGGAUGUUCUUAUGCUAACACUACCAGUUAAAAUACUUAUUCGGAUUCCCAUAAUCUUUGCUUGUAAGGAACAGUUAACACUCUAAGGAUUUUCUCCAUAAUGACAGAAUUCUAGGAGACCAAUUUGGAUUAUGAUGAAUGCUUGCUGUCAGUGGAAAGGUUGUUGUAAUCACAAUUAACAUAUAUAGGGAAAAAAAGACCCAUGUCAAAGUCUGCUUAGAGGUGAUUUAGCUACUCUUUAAUAAGCAAAAAUUUUGAACUUUAUUUAGCUGCUGAUACAUUGCAGCUAUGAACUGUGACAAAAAAAGUACUUUCAAAGCAAUACAGAGUAAAGGUUGAAACAGAGAAGAGCUAAUGAGAUAUGAAUGAACAGUCUUUGUUUCUUAACAACUCACAGAAUAAGCAAGGGGAUUCCUCAUAUUUUUUUCCUAUAUCAAGGUAGUACAGUUUAGUGCACUUCAUACUGUCACAGCACUUUUUUAAUACAGGCAGGGAAGAGUUUUAAAAGUUUGAAUAGUAGCUAAAUAAUUUUUGAUAGGUAUAGUUACAUAGAACUUUUAAGUCGGACCCUAAACGCACACUGUAUUGGCUCUCUUCUUCAUGACAUAGCUGUCCUCAGGUGCCAAACUUUUAUGAGUUUGUUUUAUUUUGUUUAAGGGUAGUAUGAAGUGGUGUGUGAUGUACUUCAAUUCAAAGUUGAAUUGAUGUAGCCUUAUACAGAAGACAGCUUCAAGGAAGGGAGCCUUGAAAUAAGGCUGCUAUGCUUCAUUUUCAAAAUCUUUUAGAUCUUAUUUCUUCAAAGAUAAUGAAUAUUUUGUAAUCAAAAUUCAUACCUCCUUUUCCUCCCCCAUGCCCAAAAUAAUAAAUAUUUGAUCAAACAAGCAAAACAUGAAAGCACAUUCACAUACUCUAGCAAAGAUCAUUUUCUAUUCCUUUGGGAUGCUUGUUUCACUAUUAUGUGCUGUACUCCAAUUUACUGCCCAACAACAUUUAAAAUAGAAAAGUAAUAGAUAACUGAAUCCAAACCAGCACCUCAGAGAGAUACUCAGUGACGCUGUGCAUCCUGAGCAAGACGGUGUUAUCCAGUUUCAGUCUGGGCAUGCUUAUUUUGCCAGGUACAGUUGUUUACUAGCUAUGCCUAUAGCAUGAACAGGCAGGUCAUGAAACAGCUCUACUCCAGAAGGCAAAUUGAUACACUUAGUCAUGACUGUAGGUCCUUGUUGCUUAUAUGUAGCUUUUGCCUCCUCACAUGACAGCUUAGCACAGACUCAGUUCUGUGCUGCUGUAUGGUUUCCCGACUAGAGCUCAGUUCUGCCCUCUUGGUUCACAGUACUAGAAUGUCUCAUCAUCCCCUAGCUGCCCAUGUCUUUAUGAGAAAGAAUCUUCUGUCACUGGUUACAACCUACACUUAAGGGAAGAGCAUGUCCAAUCAGUCUGUGACACAAAUUCUCAUUUAGGGAGACUAGACCACUUAAUUGUUGUUUGUGGAAGACUUAUAUAAUAAUAUAUGUCUCCCAUCAGUGCAAUAUUGUUUUGAUA